CUGUAAAACAAACGUUGGGUAUUCACUGGCCUAAAAUGGAGAGACAGAAUGGUUCUUAUCUUCUGUACAUUUCAAAAUGGCAUACUAAAAAGACCUUUGAAGUGUAUGUCCUGCAAGGAAAGCAAUGCAAUGGCACAGUAUCUAACCUCACAGAUUCAAUAUGUGUCUUCAAUCACACUGUCUUGGAUCCUUGCCAGGUUAGAUGUUUCAAUACAAAAACCGUAUGCGACCACUCUGUCUAUGAUGAAAACUACUGCAGGAGUAUGGGUCCACUGGUCAAGAACAAGUACAUCAUCAACAUAACAGCAACCAACAAGCAAUGUAUCAACUGUGAUAAUCCAGUGAAAAAGCCCAAGAUGAAAUUUCCUCUGAAUACAACAUUUACAAAUAAAGGAGGAAAGCUUGACCCAGUCGAAGCCGUUAAAGUAAUGAAUGGACUGGCCAAACUGGCCUCCUCCAUCAGCGAGCCAGCAGCUGCACUGUAUGGGGGAGAAGGAGUCGAGGGUAUCAUAGUGAGAGAAACAGAGCCCGAGCACCUGGAAGAAGUCUCCUUUGCGUAUGAGUCUCCAAAUGAGAGCUUAAUCAUUAUAGAAAACCGAGAUACUCUGGCUCACUAUUCGAGGUCUGUCACAGUGUCAAGAGAAGCGUUUGAGAAAGUUGUCAGUGCGAACGUUAGUGUGCCGUUUGCAGCUCUAAUGCGAUUCCUGAAUCUGGCUCAGGAUGACUUGAAUAGCACUGUUUUAGGUAAUGAGAUUUUAGCCCUUGAAAUGGGAGCCACUGUCACCAAACUCACAGACAAAAUAAACAUCAAUUUUUGGAACAUGAAAUACGAAGGAAUUCCAUCUUGUCAUUCAUGGAACGGUGAUGGCAAUCGACCAAAUUGGACUGAGGACGGAUGUCAGACGGUGAAAAAUGGAAACAACAUUACGUGCCAGUGUUCACAUUUGACAUUCUUUGCCAUCUUGCUGGCUCCCCUAAAUGAAACCAUCUCUAGUUCUGAUCUGAACAACCUCACCAUCAUCACCCAAGUUGGCUGUGGCUUGUCCAUGUUCUUCCUCAGCAUAGUCCUCUUCAUGCACUUCCUUUCAAGGAAGACCGAGGCCAGUAACGGCACGAGGAUCCUGAUCCACCUGGUGUCGGCCAUGUUCCUGCUUAACUUCACGUUCCUGAUCAACAACUUUGUGGCAAAGCUGAAGAGCUCCGUGGUCUGUAAGAUCAUGGCGGCUCUCAUGCACUACUUCAUGCUGGCCACUUUCACUUGGUUCGCGGCGCAGGCCUUCCACCUCUGCCUGCAGCUGUACAAGGGGGGCAAAAUUGUAAUCCAUCGCUACCUACUCAAAGUCUCCAUCAUCAGCUGGGUGAUACCCUGUGUCAUUGGGAUUGUCCUGCUCAUCAUAGGAAAAUAUGGUGAGCAAGUCAUCCACGCUGAUAACACUGCAGACAACGUGGCCAUGUGA